AGACUGGGACGAUGGGUAUGUUCAAACCCUAGACCACAUUCACGCCUCUCCAUCCACACUCGCUACCUUUUCCUCUGUUUCUUCCGCUAACACCCUUGAUUUAGUGCAAAAUCUCUGCCAUCUUCACUUCAUCUUCAGUAAUAUGGAUUUGUAAUCUCUGAUUUUGGAAGGGAGAGAUAGGGUUUCUGGAAUUUUAUCAUGAUAUGAAACCCAAUAACUGAAGUGAUGAGAAGUCAGGGGUAUUUUGGACCAUACGAGUCAAAGAUAUUGGAAGGUUCAUGACCGGUGAUAAGGAGGGGCAAGAAGGGCGGCCCAUUAUUUUUAGGGGGCCUCAAAACAAAGAUAGUCCAGUUUUUCACUUAGUCAUACGCGAGAAGGCGGCAUAGAUCGAUCGCAACAGAACACAUAGAUCAUCUACGAUUCACGCUUCAGCGACAACAUCGACUAGCGAGGUCCCAGGGUUGAUGUGAUUCUGUGAAAGAUCAAUUUAUGCACUCCUACAGUCGUGCUAUUCUGCUGACUGCUAAUCAGCCUGCUGAUUAUGAGCCCCCAUUCUUUAGAGGCUGCACAGAUGGAAAGCUGGUUGAGUUGAAUCAUCAUCAACAUACUGAUUUGAGAAGAACACACACAUCAUUGAUUUUUCAGCUGAUUGGAUUAAGCUUGUAGAUGAUAUUGGAUUUGAAAAACAAGUCAACACGAGUGUCAAGAAUGUGGUACUAUCAGGUGACUCCAACAAAUGCAACACCUCUGUCUGGUCCAUCUCCAGCAGCAUCCCUGUCACAUUGGCAGCAUGCUCAUGCUCCAACUGGUUCACCAACGGAUACAAACUCUCCCCCAACAUUUGUAGUAGCAAACAGCAACCAUCAAUCAUCAUCACCAUCAAAAUCAAACAAAUACCAAUCCACUUUCUCAUAUUUACUAACCGUUCUUUGCUGUUCAGGUGGUGCAUUGGCAAGAGCAGAAGCCAACGCUAUAAUAGGCACUGGAGGAUGCUAAUGUAUGCCGCCAUUAGCAGCACCAUCUCCCCCUCCACCUCCACGUGGAAGUAUGACACCCAUGUCGUAUGGCACCAGAAGCAUCCCUCCUCCCAUGUUUCCAUCUCCCAUGUUCCUACCCGGGCUGCUGAUUUUGUUGCACAGGACCUGCUCCACAUCUUCCACCCAUGCGUUGACCUUGUUGACCUUGUUGCACCACUAGAACAAAGAAGUUUGGCAUGGGACCCCCGCCCGGCCUCAUUCCGGGCACCAGCUGCUGCUGCUCGAGAAGCCUCUUCAGUAGACGAAAAAGGAAGUGAUAGUACCAUACUCAUCGAAAAUAUCCUUAAGCAUGCUGCUCGACUAGGUGGUUCUGGGAAAUUAAACUGUGUGCAGUAUGCUGAUGGUGUUACAGUUCCCAAAAGAAGCAGACAGUUUGUUUGGAGAGCUGGAGUGGAAAUGUGCAAGAGUGCUUCACAGCUUGCUCUUUAUGUUGCGACUAUUUAGUCCACAUAAAACAACUUUGAUGUUCGUUAUUCGUGAUAAAACAAGGUUGCUAGGUUGAGGGCAACCCAAAAGGACUGUGCUGCUGUCAAUUCAAGUACAUACCAAUUAUAGUUAUGGGCUUAGACACCUAAUCCAACA